AUUUAGAGUCUCACGCUUUCAAAUCCUAUGUCUCUCGGUAGCGAGGCUUGUAUCUUAAAGCUCAAAGAAGAAGUAUACCUGUUGCAUGAUGUUGUAGAAAGGGCCAAUAAACGCGCAAAUAUGAAAGCAGCGUACUCCUGGAAGUUUCCUGGAAAAUCUGCCUUUGAAACAAAAGUUCUCCCUGUUUUAUCUAAAUGCAAUUUCUCUUCAUCAAACAAACCUUCAAAUGCAAUGCUACAUGUGUUUUUGCUCGAAAUGAUAAUCGACAGAUGUUUGUUAAUAUUUCAAAUCCUGAGCCAUCUAUGCAAGACAGUUUGUCAUCACUUAUGCUCAUCUUACGAAGACUCAAACUCGUUAAGUUCUUGCAUCAAUGAACAUGUUUCAGUUGUAUUUUACUUGGUCAGCUUGAUUGGUGAUAAUACUGAAACAAAGGAAGCAGUAUUCCUUAAAUAUGACGAAGGAAACCGAGAAACGUCUUAUGAGACUGAAAGGCUGACGGACAUAAAGAUUGCUGCAGAUACCAUUAAAUGGAUUGCCGAUGUCGAACGCUAUUAUAAGUCCUCUUCCCAAGCACCUUCAGAGUUAACUAAUAAGAAUGGUGAGUUGGAAAUUAGAUCACAAGGAACUCAAGCUACAAUCUACGAAAACCAAGGCGAAAACUCUCCGCAACUGUUUUCAUUAGUGAUUCAAGUGAGAAUAUAGGUGAAAUUUUAGUCCACUAAAGGUUUUAUCAAAAUGUUUAGUAAAACCAAUGGACACAUACAAUCUGCCUUCUGAAACGGGACGCUUUAUAAGUGAAGUAAAGAACUUAUCAGGGUGGACUGGAUGUAAAGCAGACGAGUCGAAAUCUCUUUUUUCCUCUGUCGAACGAGACAUUACACGUUUGAUCAAAUACUUGGAAACAAACAGUUCAUCGAUAAAAAUAAUGGAGGAACGAUUAGAUUUAGUGAAGAAAGAGAACGCUCAACUUUCUAAAGAAAUUUUAGAUCAACAAUAUGAGUUCAAAGCGGCACACGAAAAUUUAUCUAAAGAAAUAAGAAAUUUAAGUAAGAAGAAUAUUGAAUUAAAGGAAGAAAACACAAAUAUCAAAACCAAAGUGAAGAAUUUACAUAACAUGAUAAAGAUUAAAGAAUCUCAGACACUCGAAUUAGAAAAUCAAUGUGAAGUAAUGAAAAACAGCAUAGAAAAUUUACAAAAGCUUUGUGAUGUUGAUACCAUUCAAUCAGAUGAAAUCAAUUUACCUUCGAAAUCAUCAUGUGUGAUUGAAUCUUGCUUAUUGAAACUUCGACAUAAACUAGAAAAUACUAAUGAUGAAUGUCAUCGUAUUUCAAAACUAUUAGAAAUGAAAGAAAUGGAAAAUGAUAAUAUGAAUUCACAAUUAUUGUUGCUUACUACAAAACAUGAAAAACUUUCAACAAGAAUAAAUCAAUUAACUAAUAAUAAUGAACAAUUAAAAGAGGAAAUUGUAGAAAAGAAUAAUUCAAUUGAAUAUUUAACUUCUCAAUUAACUAAUUCUAAUCAAAAAGUAUCCGAAUUAGAAGGUUCCUUACAUGACAUCCAAAGCAAGUUAAUAGAAAGUGAAGAAAUUCAAAAAUCAACUAAAUUGAAUCUUGAACAAGUUAAAUUAGAAAAUAAUGAAUUACAUGAAAAAUUAAAUAAAUUAAAUGAAGAUCUUUUGAAUAUGGCUCAAUAUCCAGAUUUAAAUGGACCAAUCAUAUUUGAGAAUGAAAAUAAUGAAAAAAGUGUUGAUGAAGAAUUGAAAGGACAAAUACGAGCAAAUGAACUUAGAAUUACUCUUUUAAUGGAACAAACUAAACGAUUACGUAAUGCAGUAUUAGUGAUAAAUGAUAAAAAACAAAAUAUGAAUGAUAAUAAUAAUAAUAAUGAAAUUCAAUUAAUGAACGAAACUACUGAAUUAAUGUCACCUGAAAUUGAUCAUUUACUACUUACUGAUGAUAUUGAUAAUGCAACAAGUAUUAUUCGACCAAAUUCUAUCUCAUCACUUGAUAAUAUUUUAUCAGAUCAUCAAUCUGUAAAAGAAGAUCAUAGUCGUAUACGUCAAAAAACAUAUACAAAACCCAAUAUCAUUUCCAGUGAAGUAAACGGGAAUAAUUCAAGUAUCCAAUUAUGGUCUGGACCAAGUACAACAAGAAAAGGAUCAAGUCGCCCGCAAUCUAGAAAAAGGAAAUAAAGAAGAUGCUGAGAAAAGAACGCAUCGAAUUCGUUCAAAGAUCUAGAAUAAAUACAUACAUAUUUUUACGAUGAUUUGUAAGCAUGUGUUCUAAACUUGAGACUUUAAAAGAUAUUGCAGAUAUUUCACUCGUUUUAAAAUAAAAGCAAUAAAUUUAUUUGUGCUUAUUCAAAAAAAA